AUGCCAGCACCGGACACUUCUCAGCUUAAGACGCUUAUACAUCAGAUCACACCUGCUUCGGCGGGUAACACGAGUCUGACGAGGGAGCUGGUGGAUCAUGCGCACUACCUUGGGGGAACGAACCAGGCGGAGGAUCUUGCGGACCUGGCGAAUUUGAUGCAGAGACAUGUGAUGCAAACAAGUGGAUCGUCGACACCGUCUCUACGGCUCAACAACCUCCUAUCCCGACUAUAUGACCAGACUGCUCUGUCCCGCAAGUACGCUAUUCUUUCCUUCCUCUAUACAUUGUCACAACAAUCGCACCCAACCUCGUCUUACUCGACUAUCUCAAAUCCUCCGGCUGGUACAGCACGGCGACGAAAUGGGCCAUCUCCUUUCAAUCCUUCCCUCGAUGCUCCCUUUUCUGCGAGCUCUGGGCACCGAGGUGCGAACGGUGGACCAGCACGACCAGAACCACCUGUAGAAGGAGGCAUGAAAAGCAAAGCCGCCCUGCUGCGCGCCUAUCGCGAACGGAUAGGAAAGCCACAUGUCCCCAUGACUGUCCUUCUGCGGGAUGCGAUCUAUCUCCUGCAAGGUAUCUCCGGCCAUUGUGUGCAAUUUGUCUCUGUGACAACGGAUACGAUGGAGAAGGAAGAGCGCAUCGAGUUUGUGGCCAUCAAGGAGGGGUUCAUCCCCCCUCCCACCCGGGUCCUGCUGCAUCAACUCUCGGAACUUGGACAUCUACAUAGUCUUAUCGCUUCCUUUUUGGACGAGCGCUCCCUCUCACCUACCGUUGGUCUGGUCGAGCAAAGUCUACACCAUGAACUACGGUUCCAGCUGACCGAGUACCAUAAACUUAUCGCUCUUCUGGAGAGUCAUGCUAGUAGGAGCAAAGCGGGUGAAGACGGAGGAGGGCUGACAUUGAUGCGACUGGAGGCCUGGGUCGGAGAAUGGAAAUUGAGGUUGAGGUUGAUGAGCGUGUUCGUGGAAGGGUCGAAGAACGCCCACGGAGGAAAGCUAAUUAGCCUCAUCCACCUCCAUACGAAGAACGGUGAUCCCUUCAUCCGUGACUUCAGUACCCAAAUCCUCGAACAAGUGUCCAAGCCGUUCUUUACCUCGUUACAGGCCUGGCUCUUCGCCGGCUCACUGAGCGACCCCUUCGGCGAGUUCUUCGUCGCUCCCGGUAAGCGGAGUGGGAACCUUGGCGAUCGACCGGAGAGAGAGGAUGCCGACGCAGACGAGAUCGAUGCGGAUUUUGGUGGGGACAUACAUCGGACGUGGCAGGAGAAGUGGAUGUUUAGAGCCGAGAUGAUGCCUAGUUUCUUGGAUGAGGCUUUCGGGCGCAAGGUUUACUCGACGGGGAAAAGCUUGAAUUUCAUCAGGUACAACUGCCAUGAUGCGGAAUGGGUCACGAAGCAAGCUAGUGCAUCCACAUCUAAAUCGCUCAAGUACAGUGAUAUUGCUGGACUCGAGAAAUCGAUCGACCUCGCGUAUAAGGUAGCCAGCCAGCGGUUAUUUGAAGCCUUCUUGGUCAAGUACCGGCUUGUUGAUCACCUGCAAGCACUCAAGGCAUACCUUCUCUGCGGAUACGGCGAUUUCCACGAUUUGCUGAUGGACUCCUUGUCCGCAUUACUGGCCAAGCCGGCGAAUGCUCUAUACCGACAUACUCUUACCACCCGUCUUCUUGACGCAAUCAGAGGCUCUAACGCUCAGUACGAUCCACCAGACGUCCUGCGUCGUCUAGACGCUCGCAUGAUGGAGUAUUCUCACGGGGAGAUCGGAUGGGACGUGUUCACGUUGGAGUACAAGGUGGAUCCUCCGAUCGAUACUGUCAUCGACCCCGAUGGAAUCAACAACUAUCUCAAGUUGUUCAAUCAUCUGUGGAAGAUGAGGAGAGUUGAGGGGAGCCUAGGUGCUGCCUGGGGCCGAGUGACGAGUGGGGCAAGAAGUGUCAGUCGUGUUGCAGAUUUGCAGAAGGACUGGCAUCAGGUUCGCCUCGUUAUGGCGGAGAUGAUUCAUUUCGUCAGACAGAUGCACGCUUGGUGUCAUCGCGAAGUCAUUGGUGCAGCCUGGAAAGACCUGACAGAAUUCAUCCAUAAGAAAGAGGGUGACUUGGAUGGGCUUAUCGAGGCUCACAACGAAUAUCUAAGCCGGAUGGUCAGAAAGAUCACUCUGCAAGACUCGAAAAGAGGGCAUGAGAACAAUCUCGCAACCGUGAGGGAGAUUUUCGAGACGAUAUUGCAGUUUCUCGACUCAACUGAUGAUUUUUGGCGAUAUACAACACACGCAGCACACAUCCGAGAUCGCGAACGAGACAAUGUGAGAGGGGUAUACACUGCCCUCAGUCUGAACACCCGUGACCCUCAAGUGAGCGAAGAAGCUCUUUCGGGCAUUCUCAGCCGGACAAAGGAGUUCAGUGGCAAAUUCUCACAUUUAGCUGGCGACCUCGUGAUAUCGCUAUCGUCUCACUCCGAUCUGGACAUCAGAUUCCUAGCUGUAAGCUUGACUGGCUUUAGCACGUUCUAUCCAGGCCGACGGGAUUCCUCGAGAGGUUGA